UGAGCGCCUUUUCAAAUCGCUCAUUCUGCCUUCAAAUUAGGCAUAAACGCACCCUCAGAUCAGAUGGCUAGCGCACUGCACUACGUACGGUACUUUUGGCGUUCCAUAAAUUCGCGCCAUUUACGUUACUGUGUGGUGCAGUGAUCAAGCCAGAGCUAGAGACGAUCGACAACAGCUGACUGCAACCUACAUGUAUGUUUACAUAUCAUGAUAAUACAUGUCAUGGUUCAGCUGCCAAUGGUAGAUCUAGAUGCUUUGAUGUACGAAAUACCCGGCUGUCAAAUAUUUAAAUUUGAAUACUUGGAGAUAUUGGUCCAAGAUCCUUACAAUCACUCAAAUGGCAUCAGAAUCAGAGAGUGGAUUACAAGAAUUAAGAGAGUCUCCUAUUCAGAAGGAGAAGAUCAACCAGUGGAUCAAAGAUGAUGUUGACUUGGCGUCUCUCAUGGAUGUAGGAGAUAUAAGAUAUGUGGAUGAUGUGAAACAAUACUUGGCUUGUUCAGGUGAUCCUGCUGGCGUGGACAGAACUAACGGUGCGGGACAAACACCUUUGAUGAUAUCCUGCUUACAUGGAUGGAAGGAUAUUGUCAACUUCUUGUUGGAAGCUGGAGCUGACCCAAACCUGACAUGCACAGUCCAUGGUAGUUCUGCACUUCAUUAUGCCUGCGAAAAUGAGAAUGAUGUAACACUGCAAUGUAGAGAGAACCCGAACUAUCCGAAAGAAUUCAAAGAACAGGUUGUAAAAAUCAAUAAUAUUGUUGAAGUCCUUUUCCAUCAUGGGGCUGCACUGCAAGUGAAUAAAGAUGGAUUGAGUCCAGCCUGUGUGGCAGCUUUGAACAGUUUCAAAGAUGUGGUGACAUUCUUUGCAUCAAGCAGUGUUAUUGCAAUGCAGCCUGCAGACAAGGUGAAGGCGUAUGAACUCCUUGGAGUUUCACAGGCAUUCUUUGAUAAGCACCAUGCCAUUGAUGCCUGUGAAUCAUUUCACCUUGCUGCAUCUUUGCAUUCUUCAGAGGACAGUGAAGUUACACCUUGCCAUGUCAACUCUGACCUUGAUGCAUGGUUUAUUGAAAUGAUGAACAAGAAGAACGCAAGUGAAAGUGAAGAGUUUGAGGUCAAGGUGAAAGCUUUCAUCGUUGGUCUCCAGUGUCUACCUGCCAAUAUUAAAGUUAAAUACAAUUUAUGGAAUGCUUUGGCAGGUUGUGCUGAAGAUGCAUUGUUCGGUGGUAAAGAUACUGAAAAUGGAUAUACCAUGUUUGUGGCACUGAUAAAGGAGGAAAUGAUGGAGGAAAACCUGCUUGGUACGGUCAUGAAGAUGAUGGAUGAAUCUACAGCAACACUUUUUCAUGAGAUUCCAGAAUCACUGAGGUUUAUUCCUAAGCUGUUAGAGAUAUACGCUGCUGCUUUCAGAAUCAGAAACACCCAGUCCACUGGAAAGAUAGGCAAGAUCCUUGAACAUAUGGGAAACCUUAUAUUCAGACUCACAUAUUACCCGUCUGAAUCUAAAUACCUUGUAAACAGCCUUCCAUUUGUUGGCAGCAUUGUUAAUUGCAUAAACAAGAUGGUUACAGAACAAACAAGCCAGGGUACAGAUCAACAAAAAUCAAUCACUGCAGUCUUCUUUGAUCAUAUGUCUGAAGCCAUGUGGGAAGAUAUGUACUGCUGGCAAAGUAAGACAAGAAGAAAUAGAUUUAAAUUCACUAUUUGUAGACUCCUCCACUACAAUGGUUUCAACCCAGACUUGGACAAAUCUCUGUUACCAAAUCUUCUUGAAGUUGUACCUGUUGCCCGAGAUAUGGACUUCAUUCUUUCAGUUUCUCGAGUUUUAAUACGGUAUGGUUGUCCUACUGAUGAUGCUUCUCUUGAGGAUAUUCACGAGGAUGACAUAGAGUUGUUAGAGUUAUUGAAACCUACAACACCAACUCCUCUAAAGGAACUAGCUGCAAGAGCAAUACUCCACAACAAGAUACCCUACAGAGAGAGUCUUCCCAAUAUCCUGUGUGAGAAAAUAGAGGGUGAAAAGCUGUCUCCAGAUCUUUCUGAAUUGGAUUCCUCAACUGAUUCUGAUUCAGACUGAGAACAUUACUUUUCCUUUUAAAUUUAAAGGUAUUUUUUGAGUUCUGGAUAAGAAAAUUUAUCUCAAGAGAAAUUGUCUAUGUAUUAGUAGGCAAUGUUUUUGGUCAGCAAGAUGAGAAUCAUCAUCAAUAGUGAUCUGUCAGUUUAUGACAGGUUCAGUGACCCAAUCAGAGUUCUACUUCAAGUGUCUCUCCAAGUACUUCAGUCUUUAGCCAUCCGUUUCAGCAUUUCAUAUUCCGUUGCUCCACAUUCCGCAAUCAAAUCAUCUAGAAAGCCUUUACGAGGUCUUCCCCUCAACUUCUUUCCAUGUAGACGGCCUUCUAGGACUCUGAUCAUCAAGCUAUCAUCAUGCUGCAUGAUGUGUCCAAGUCAUUUCUUCUGUCUCUUUUUAAUCGUUUGAAGCAGCACCCGCUUUUCUUGAACUCGAUGCAGCACCUCUUCGUUCGAAACUCUGUCCCUCCAAGACACAUCUAGUAGUUUACGCCAGCACCACAUUUCGACCGCUUCCAAUCGCUGAAUGUCCUUCCUGGCGAGUGUCCACGUCUCUGCUCCAUAUAACAGUACAUUCCAUACUAGAGACUUCACAAGACGCUUUCUUAAACUCGGGUCAAUAUUGUGGCUCAUCAGGAUAUCUUGUUGAGUGAAGGGAGCUCUUGCCAAUGCUGAGCGCAAGUUGACGUCUUUGGCAGACUUGCCAUCCUCAGUCAGCACACUGCCUAAAUAUUUGAAGUGGUUGACUUGCACUAGUCUGUUGCCAUUUAUCAUGAUGGUUAUUUCUUUUGUCUUGGCCUUACUUGUCAUCAUCACCUUCAUUUUCUUCUCAUUUAUUCUCAUGCCAUAGCUCCUAACUACUUGGUCCAUCUGUACCAUCUGUCUUCGAAGGCCAUCGGCAGUGACAGCGAGUGUGGCCUGAUCAUCAACGUACCGUACAGACUUAAUUAACACUCCGACAUUCACUCCUUCUUGUAACGUUGCCAGAGCUUCUCUUACCAUUGCCUCUGCAUAGAUAUUGAAGAGAAGAGGAGACAGCAGGCAUCCCUGACGUGUUCCCCGUCCAAUGACGGCUGGUUCAGAGACUCCAUCUCCAAUGUGAAUGCUUGCAGUCUGAGACAUGUACAGGGAUGCAAUCAGUCUACGGUCUUUCCAAUCAACACUAAUGGCUGACAGCACUUCCAUCAGCCUAGUCCAAUUGACACGAUCAAAUGCCUUUUCGUAGUCCUCAAAACAGAUAUAUAGGUCUUGAUCAUGCUGUAUACAUCUCUCACUUAAUAUUUUCAUUACAGCAAAUGCUUCUCAGGUACCGACCCCUUUACGAAAGCCAAAUUGGUCGAUUCCAAUAUAAUCUUUGGACCUCGCUUCAAUCCGAUGGUGGAGUACCUUUAGCAAUACUUUUGAAGCAUGUGAUACCAGGCUGAUUGUGCGGUGAUCCUCGCAUCUGAUUGCCUUUGUAGUCUUCUUAAUAGUGAUCAACUGGCUUGUCCAAUCCUCUGGCCAUACUCCCUUUUCAUGUAUAUGUUGACAUAAUUCAGUCAGUGCCAUUAUGCGAGCUUCCCCCAUGUUCUUGAGCAUUUCAGCAGUAAUGUUGUCUUCCCUAGCUGCCUUUUUCUCCUUUAACUGACAGACUGCAGCAUGCACCUCUUCUGAAAGUAAGGGGGGACCAACGUCAUCUGCCAUGACACAUUCUUCCAUUUCCAAGGGCAGAGCGACUGGUUUGUUGUCCCUCGCAUACAACUCCUCUACAUACUGACGCCACCUAUCCUCUAUGUCAUGUUGGUUGGUUAGCAGUUCUCCAUUCACAUCCAGCACCCCUCUUGUGUUGUUCUUUCCUUUCCCUUUGUUCAAAUCAUCACUAAGAGUUUUCACUUUAUUGUACACAAGGUCUGUUCUCCCAAUGCGGUUUAGCUCCUCUAAUUCCUUGCAUUGUUGUUCCCACCAGUCAGUUCGGGCUUUGUAGCUCUUCUUAGUUCAUUAUUAAGCCUCUUGUAACCCCUUUUACCUUCUGCAGUGUUGUCCUUUUUCAGUGUCCUUCUCUGGUCCAUCUUAUCUAUCAUUUCCUCCGUUGUCCAUGGUUUACGGAUCUUCUUUCUCUUACCAAACCCAACGUUUUCUUCAGCACUACCAAGCAAGGCACCUUUUUAGAUUUUCCCAUUCAUCUUCAACUGAGGGACCCUUUGGUAAUUCUCUAGCGUACAGCCGGGAUUGGACACCAGAUGCAUACACUAAUGUAUUCUGUUUCAGCUUUGCAUUAUCUAUUCUCGUCACUUUGGAGCUCCCUCGCAUCUUCUUCAGUUUCAGCUGCACUGUCAUCAUCACCAAGUCGUGAUCCAAGUCAAAGUCUGCGCCUGGAUAUGCUAGGGCCUUUUUCACACUAUUCUUGUAACGCUGGUUCACAAGAAUAUAGUCAAUCUGGUAGCGUGCAGUAUCCCCAGGUGCUUUCCAUGUAUAGCGACGUCUAGGGUGCUGUUCAAAGAGAGUGUUGGUAACCACCAGUUUUCUCCUCUUGCAAAACUGCACUAGCAUAUUUCCUCUAUGGUUUUGCCUGCCGAGACCCCACUCACCAACAGCGUCAUCGUGUUGUGUGAGCUUCCGACAACAGCAUUCCAGUCACCAAGAAGAAUAUGGUAGUCAUUUCCUUUUCCUUUUUCCAGCUCCUCAUCGAUCAUGUCGUAAAUAUCCUCCACAUCUUUGUCCUCAUAAUCACUUGUAGUAGGCAUGUACACAACCAACACAACGAUGUCAACUGGUGAUCCCUUUAUUCUGACUGCUAGCAGUCUAUCGCUUACAGCCUCAAUCCUACAUACAUUCUUUGCUGUUUGCUUGUCCAGCAAAAGAGCAACACCACAUUGUCUUACUUUCCCUCCAGAGUAUAUCACUCUGAAUUCAUCACUCAUGAAGUCACCACUGUCAAGCCAUCUAACCUCAGUCAGAGCAAACAAGUCCAUGUUAUAACGUUGCAUCUCAUGUUUGAUAGUUUCUAUCUUGUCGUCUCUCAUUGUUCUAGUAUUCCAUGUGCCAACACGCAUGUGAGGACUUUGCUAGAUGACGACCUGACCAUCCUCACUGCUCGUCCUGCUGGACGCGACACCCUAGCAUCUAGUGUCUAGGGUCCUGACAACGUCUUUAGCUUGAUUUGAAUUGACAACUAUCAUAUCAUAUAUAUUGGGUCAUCCUGAUGAUAAUACUGCGGUGGGUUCCCGUUGCCUUCCGCAGGACCAAUUUUCAUCAUGGCUGGACUCCACUAGAAGGUUUGCUUUCACUACAGCUGACGAGUACCCUCUACCCGGAUCAGGAUAGGCUAUAGCCCCCGCUGGACAUCAUCCCAGUAUUUCUAUGGUCUCGGAGAAUGAAAAUCUUAAUAAUCGAAAAGUCAUAAAUCUACAAAUGCACAAACAUGCCAAAGAUGAAAGAUUGUAUUUGUAGACUUUUGAGUAUGGCAACUUACUCAAAUUUAUUUUAUACACCGUACAUGUAUUAAUUCUCGUGUUAGUAAAGUUGUCAGUCGUAUGGAAAUUAUAGUUUGUUUUUCUUGAUGAUCUGAACUGCCUGUUGUAGAUGAGGCUGCCCUGUUUGAUGGCAAAGCUUUACAAGAAGGAUAUGACAUGCUUUUGGCCUCUCGUACAGAAAGAGAUGAUAAAGGAACUAGUGGAACCCGUGGAAAUCCACGGCGGGCACUGAAGUGUAUUGAGAUUAGGAUGAGUUUGACUGCAACAAUUUGAUUGGAAAGGCAAUGAUAAUAUCUUCAUAACGGAAAGUCAUUUCUCAUUUAUAUUUAUCAUUAUCAAUAAACGUGCAAAAUUUGAAAUUGCUCCAAAUCGUCUCAAAUUCAUUUUGCAUGCAUUUCAGGCUAUAUGAGCAUUUUUGUAAAAAAAAGAAAAAAAGUGCACAUGCGUAUGCCCACGUGUUUUCGUUCGUCAUGGCCGUACUCAACAUAGAAUCACCAUUUUUUUUCUUUCAUAAUAUUUCUUAUUCUUUUCUGAACAAUUUGAUACCAUGUUUAUCUCUUUAUGACCAUUAAUAACAGAAUGUGAGUCCGUUAACUAUAAAUGUCUGUGGGCGUGAGCUCUAUAUGGGCAAAAACAUGCAUAUAAAAAAUCCAUUAUAGCUCUUAAGAAUGCUUGGAAACCACCCGUUUUUUUCCUUCAUAUUUUGGCUAUUAAGUAUAUCAUGACAUAUCGUCAUAAUGGCCUUGGAACUUAAAAUAUGAAUGUGUAUAUUAUGACGUCAGCAUAUUUAUGAAAAAUAAAUCGUAUCUAUGUAAAUAUUGAUAGAUUUUCUUCCGAUUGUUGAUAUGUUGUAGCUAAGACAAUUUUCUACAAGAUCAGUGACCACCAUUUUUCAUUUUUAUGACAUCAUCGUAGUGAAAAUUGCGAUUAAAGUCGACAUGUCAGAAUUUUCUUAAUUUGCGUGUUAUGCCUAUGGAAGGUGAAUUUCGUUCACAUCAUGAAUCUACAUGACUUCCGCAGGUGUUAAACAUGUGAGGAAGGUAUUUAAUAAAAGGCAUGAGUGCACCCUCUAUAAACUGAAUAUACAUUAUAGUCUGUCAGUUGACUAAAUCGCGUAAACAGGAUACUGUUACAAUCGUCAUAAUCCCUAUCACCAUCAUCAUGAUCAUCAAUGUAUACUGCAACAUCAAUUCGUUCCAUAUAUUUAUAUGAUUCUACUCUCCUCAGAGAUGAUUAUAGUUAUCCAGUUGUUCAGAUUAAAUAACAGACCACCUAAUUCGUUCCAAUGACGAAUUAUAUUUCUUGUUGAUAUUCGCUUUGUCCAUGUUAACAUUACACAUUUAUCAUCACUAUAUAUAUGCAUUCAAGGUUUCUUCACUUUGUACUUUCUGAUGUAAGAUUAAUUUGCCAAUUUCAUUGAGUCGGGGAACAUCACCUUGUUUAACCAAUAUUGAAACUAAGCUUUAAAAUUUUAUCUUUUAUCGUACUUUAUCUGACUUGUAUUUAUCUAAAUUUAUCCCACCUGCAUGUUAUUGUUGCAAUAAAAUUGUAAAUUUCUUGAGGAAACUAAUUUUGAUGUUUCAUCAAAUCUUGAGAGCAAUAAGAUAUCUCGAUUACACAUUUCUACUCUUAAAACAAAAUUAGACUUGGGGGGGGGGGGGGUAGUGAGCAUUAAGUUUAACACUAUGUAGCAAAGAGAGGAUGAUCAAGACAGAGGACGGGGAAAAUGGAGAAAUGGGAGGAAGAGAGAUAGAAAGAGGACGAAGAUAUACAGGAGGAUGAAGUAGACGUAUGAACAUGAAUAAUAACUAGUACAGAAAUUGGAAGAGUGAGAAUUAGAGAGCACUACAUAGAGAGCGGACAUUAUAGAGAGACAUACAUGUAUAGAGAGAGAUAGACAGAUGUGAAAAGGAAGAAAGAAUUUUUGUUUUUUUUGUUAUGGGUGAAAUGUAUUUUCCUUGCUUCAGCAAAAAAAAAAAAAAAAAAAAAAAAAAAAA